CCGUAUGUGCAGUAAGCCAACCCUAUCUACUAGACCAGUUACAACAGGAUCUCAUGGUGACACAGCCUACAUGGACACGACGUCGAUGAAUACACCAGAUUCAGCUCAACAGAGUGCAGCGUCUGCUUUAGCUACUAGCGGCUUGAAGUCGAGAAAGGUGUUACUACCAGUUGACGAAAGAAACAGUAGUAGGAGGGCCAUGCAAUGGUAUUUGGACGAAAUUUAUCAAAAGAAUGACUACGUCAUCUUGAUACACAUCUUCAAGACUGCCAUUCUUCCUCUCUUUUCUUAUGGUGCUGUUGCUGAUGAAGCAUGGGGAAUAGGUCAAUGGCAACAACAGUUUGGCGACGCUCAAGAAAGAGCUCUUGAUGUAGUCAACAUAUACAAAGAAGUUUUAGAAUCGAAACAAAUACCAUUUCGCAUUAUUACAACACCCGGGUCUGCUGGUCACGUGAUCUGUACCAUUGCAAAUGAACAUCAAGUUAAUCUGAUCGUGAUGGGCAGUCGUGGGGUUGGGAUGAUAACCAGGACGGUGCUUGGGAGUGUCAGUGACUACGUGCUGCAUAACGCCAAUGUGCCAGUGACAAUCGUACCUCCUAGAGAAUAGUAACGUGUGACUGGCAGAUGUAAUUUGCCACACAUAUUUCCUGACACAAUUUGCAGGUAGGAAAUUAUUGAUGCAAUAUGUUUCUGUUUUAGCACGCAAAUUAGCUGCUAGCUGUUCAUGCAAUUACUGUGUAUGUGUAUCCAUGAAAUUGAGAGCUUGGAAUAUUCAGAAAUUUA